CUCUGCUUCGUCUACUUCUCAGCAUCCCCCGAAAAACUCGACCGCAAGCGUGUGUACGCACGGACCGCCCGCCCACGCACGGGCAUGGCAGCCUCCGCCUCCGCCUCCCCCUCAUCCUCCACAAACCCUAGGUAGCACGGGAGUCCCUCGCCGCCGGAUCCCCGAGACCCUGCAAGCCGCGCCGAUUCUGUGCUGUGUGCUCCACGGCUAGAUUUCUGGGUGUGAAAGAGCGCGUUUUUUUAACAGUUCUUAGCUAGGGAGAUUUUGGGAAGGGAGAGUGCUGGAAUAAUGGAGCCGAGGAUCGGGAACAAGUUCCGGCUUGGGCGCAAGAUCGGGAGCGGCUCUUUCGGGGAGAUCUACCUCGGCACCAAUAUCCAGACGAACGAGGAGGUUGCGAUUAAGCUGGAAAAUGUGAAGACAAAGCAUCCUCAGUUGCUCUACGAAUCAAAGAUUUAUAGGAUUCUGCAAGGAGGAACUGGAAUACCGAAUGUCAGAUGGUUUGGUGUAGAAGGAGACUACAAUGUCUUGGUUAUGGAUUUACUUGGACCAAGCCUUGAGGAUCUAUUUAAUUUCUGCAGCAGGAAAUUAUCUCUGAAGACCGUGCUUAUGCUCGCAGAUCAGAUGGCACACAAAUCAUCAUCAAUCAUUAUAUAUAAUGUUUUGUACUUUUGUGGUGGUUCCCACAUCGAGCCCUCUCCCUCCUGAGCAUCUCUGCUUCUCUGGUUGAAUUAUUCUGUGUGUAUACAUUAUCCUUUUCCCAUCUAUCACAGAUGAGCUUCAUGUAAUCUGCCCUCCCCACUUGUAGAUAAAUCGAGUAGAAUUUGUUCAUUCCAAGUCUUUUCUGCAUCGAGAUAUUAAGCCAGAUAAUUUCCUCAUGGGUCUUGGCAGACGAGCUAAUCAGGUCUACGUUAUUGACUUUGGCCUUGCUAAAAAAUACAGGGAUACCUCAACGCAUCAGCACAUCCCAUACAGGGAGAACAAGAACUUGACAGGAACUGCAAGAUAUGCUAGUGUGAACACCCAUCUUGGCAUUGAACAAAGCCGAAGAGACGACUUGGAAUCUCUUGGAUAUGUACUCAUGUACUUCCUAAGGGGCAGCCUUCCUUGGCAAGGUCUUAAAGCAGGAACAAAGAAGCAAAAGUAUGAGAAAAUUAGCGAGAAGAAAGUUGCAACAUCAAUUGAGGCUCUAUGCCGUGGGUAUCCUACUGAGUUUGCAUCAUAUUUCCAUUAUUGCCGCUCACUGCGGUUUGAUGACAAGCCUGACUGUUCAUACCUCAAGCGAUUAUUCCGUGACCUUUUCAUUCGCGAAGGUUUUCAGUUUGACUAUGUGUUUGACUGGACAAUACUGAAGUACCAACAGUCUCAAAUUGCCACUGCUCCACCCCGUGCAGUAGGCCAUGGCGCGGGGCCUUCUGGGUUGGCACCCGUGUUACAGAAUGAUAGGCAAUCAGGCCCUGAGGAAGCAAGGACUAGUGGUUGGUCAUCAAUGGAUCGGCGUCGUGCCCCACUACCAAUUACAAGUGUGGGGACAUUAUCUAAGCAGAAAGCACCGAUAGGGAAUGAUGCUACUGUUUCUAGAGAUGCUGUGAUAUCUGGACCAAAUUUUAUGGGAAGGUCAAGUGGAUCUUCUAGGAGGCCUGUUGUUUCGAGUAGCCGUGAUAUGGUGGCCACUGACAGUUCCGAGCCUUCACGAGCACGUGCAACCGACGCAAGCCCAGGGGCGUUCCGCAGAGCCUCAGGUCCUCAGAGAAGCUCACCUGUCCAUUCCGCAGAACAGAAGCGCUCAUCCUCAGGCCGGCAUCCGUCUAACGUGAAGAACUACGAUUCUGCUCUCAAAGGCAUUGAAGGUCUUCAUUUUGAUGGCGACGAGAGGGUUCAGUACUAGAGCCGCAGGAAAUUCUACAUGCACUGUAAAAAUCAUAAUCAGGUGGUAAGCAUCGUGUUUCCUGUUCGGGUUUUGGAUCAACAGGAAAUGAAAUGCUGGAAGGAGGAUCUGGUCACGGGUUGUGCGGUUUCAGGUGGUCCUCUGAGCAAGGUAAAUAAACGGUCCUAUCUGAGGCGCUUCAUGCCUAGCUCUCAUAACGUUGUCGUUGUGUACGUAAAUGCCUCUUGUAGCCUGAAUGUCAGGCGCCCGGAUUCAUGAAUCUAUUUUAUUGUUGUAUUCCUUACGAUGUUCCAUCUUGGGACUACAAUGCUGCAACUGGUAGGGCUUGAUUUGGAACACUGGAAUUCGAGCAUGUAGAAUUUUUAAAUCGGUUCAUUGGACGAAUUUGUCUGUAACACGUACCUGACUUGUAAUGUGAUCUGUCAGGACAACUGAUGUUAUUUGCCAAUGUGAUAAUCAGUUCAUCCA